AUGGUGCUGGCUGGUAAGCUUAUUACAGAACUUGGGAUCAAAACACCAGCUGACAAGUUCUACAAAUUGUUUGCAUCAGAACUUCAUGAAGUGCAAAACCUUUGUGAAAGAAUUCAUCAUACCAAGCUGCAUGAAGGUGAAGACUGGCAUCAUUCUGAUACGGUUAAACACUGGACUUAUGUCAUAGAUGGGGAGGUACAUACAUGUAAUGAAAGUAUUGAAGAAGUUGAUGAUGAGAACAAAAAAAUCACAUACAAGCUGUUUGGUGGAGAUAUUGACAACUUUACUGUAUUUAAGCUGAUUCUUCAAGUAAUUAAUAAGGCUGAUGGCACUGCUGCUGUUAGAUGGACUAUUGAUUAUGUGAAAAUCAAUGAAGAAGUUGAUACUCCAAAUGGCUGGAUGGAUUACCUUAGCAAAAGCACUAGAGACAUUGAUGGUCAUCUUCUCAAGGGAGAAAGAGUUGCACUUUAA